UUGCAAUACAAACAAUAUAUUUAUACACGCAUUGCAUAAACAUUAGUUCAAUCAAUAGUUUAAUGUUUGCAUUGAAAUCAAUACAAUUAGCGAUACAACCAUUGAUUAGAUGUCCACUAAAUAAGAUUGUCAUCAAAACAAUGGCCACUAAAGCGACUCCCAAGAAGUCUGUAAUGAAUAUCAAGUCAUCGUCACCGCCGUCGGCGACCUCUUCCAGUGUUUACAAUCCGAGUAAAAGUGAUUACGACGCCGUCGACGACGCUAUCUGGCGAUCGGGUGAACGGGUGCCGUACUUGGCCUUUGCCACCACUUUAAAGACCAUUGAGGAGACAUCGGGCAGAUUGAAGAUGAUUGAAAUACUUAGCAAUUAUUUUCGUUCAGUCAUUGCAUUGUCUGCCGACGAUCUCAUUAAAUCGGUAUAUCUGUGUCUUAACAAAGUUUGUCCCGAUUAUGAAGGCCUUGAAAUGGGUAUUGGCGAAUCAUUGAUUAUUAAAGCCAUCGCUGCGGCCACCGGUCGAAAAGUGGAUCAAAUUAAGGCCGAAAUCGAGAAGAAAGGAGAUAUGGGAAUAGUGGCCGAAUUGAGUCGAACCAAUCAGAAGACAUUGUUUGCUCCGCCGAAGCUAUCAGUGGCCAAUGUUUUCGAUAAAUUCAAACAAAUAACACAAAUGUCGGGCAACUCGACUCAGGCCAAGAAAGUCGAAAUGAUUCAGUCGAUGCUUGUGGCCUGUCGUGAAUGUGAGGCCCGAUAUCUUGUCAGAUCAUUGACUGGAAAGUUGCGCAUAGGUUUGGCCGAACAGUCACUUCUACAGGCGCUGACACAAGCAGUUGUUCUUCACAAUAAUGUCAAAAUGAAGCGUAGCUCAGAUAAAUUCAAAGCAGAAGUGGCCAAACAUUCGCUAAUAUUAAAGACAGCGUACUGUGAGUGUCCUAAUUAUGACCGAAUAAUACCAGUCAUUCUCGAACACGGCAUCGAAGCCCUGCCGACACACUGUCAGUUGACACCAGGCAUUCCUCUGAAGCCAAUGUUGGCUCAUCCGAGCAAAGGUGUUGACGAAGUUUUGCGACGAUUUGAUAAAUCGAAGUUUACGUGUGAAUACAAAUAUGACGGCGAAAGAGCACAAAUACAUUAUGUCGGCAACGGUUCUGUUCUUAUAUUUAGCAGAAACCAGGAAAACAAUACAUCGAAAUAUCCCGAUAUUAUUAAACGUAUGCCUAAUUGUAUUACCGAUGAAGUCAAAGAUUUCAUUAUUGACUGCGAGGCUGUCGCUUGGGAUCAACAACAGAAACAGAUCUUACCGUUUCAAGUGUUAAGCACUCGGAAGCGCAAGAACGCCGAAGAGGGAGACAUUAAAAUCCAAGUCUGUCUCUAUGUCUUUGAUCUGUUAUAUCUGAAUGGAGAGUCAUUAGUAGCCGAACCACUCAGUAAACGAAGAGAUUUAUUAAGAGCUCACUUCAAGUCUGUUGAGGGAGAGUUCACGUUUGCCCAUUCGAGUGAUGUCAACACUCUGGAUGAGAUACAAGAAUUUCUCGAAGAGUCCAUUAAAGGCAAAUGUGAAGGUCUAAUGGUUAAGACAUUAGAUGUCGACGCCAGUUAUGAAAUCGCGAAACGAUCGAAAAAAUGGCUAAAACUCAAAAAAGACUACUUGGAGGGCGUUGGCGACACACUGGAUCUGGUGGUCAUUGGCGGCUAUCGUGGCAAAGGAAAGCGAACCGGCGUUUACGGCGGUUAUCUGUUGGCCUGUUAUGAUGACGGAACCGAAGAAUUUCAGAGCAUUUGUAAGAUUGGCACCGGAUUUAAGGACGAAGACCUGGAAAACUUGGCCAACAGUCUCAAUGAACACGUUAUUGAUAAACCCAAGUCUUACUACAAUUACGAUGAAAGUCUUCGUCCAGAUGUCUGGUUCGAUGCCGUCCAGGUGUGGGAAGUCAAGUGCGCCGAUUUGUCUCUGAGUCCCGUACAUAAAGCGGCCAUUGGUUUUGUCAACGACGAUAAGGGUAUAUCAUUGAGAUUUCCCCGAUAUCUGCGCCUACGAGACGAUAAAAAGCCAGAUAUGGCCACUACUGCCUCACAGGUGUCGGAAAUGUAUAAAAAUCAAGAACAGAUCAAAGCUGGUAAUGAUGACGACGACGAUGAAGAUGACUAUUGAAAUACUGAUUUAUCUAUUGAUUCUCAAUCAAUCAAUUAACUAAUUAAUUAUAAAUUAUAUGUCAACUAAUUUAAUGAUAUUAUUUUUAGUUGUUAUUAGUGAUAUCGUAUUCA